UCUAUAUUUUAUCUAUGGUUUUAUUCUGGAUUCUGAUGAAUCUGAUGAAGAUUAUCUGACUAUCUGAUUGUUUGUGAUAGUUUAAGAAUAGAAAAGAUUUGAAUAGCAUAUUGACUAAUUUGGUUCAUUAUUUAUCAACAUAUGUAAAAUUAAAUAAAUUACAUAUGUAUAUAUAUAUAUAUAUAUAUAUAUAUAAAUUGAUGAAAAAAUAAAGGAAAAAUUUAUAAAAUGUCUGGUGAAAUCGAUAUUUUUGAUGAUAAUGAGUCGCAAUUACCACAAGAUCUUAGAGAUGAUGUUGUUCAAGAAGUUUUGAAAACUGGUACAGAUUUACGUCAAUAUUCUAGGCAGAUUGAAAAAGAAUUAAAGGAAGUUGAAAAUAAAUCUAUUCAAGAUUAUAUAAAAGAAAGUGAAAAUAUAGCGAGUUUACAUAAUCAAAUUGCUGCAUGUGAUAAUAUUUUAGAGAAAAUGGAAUCCAUGUUGAUGAGUUUUCAAUCAGACUUAGGAAGUAUUAGUUCAGAAAUACUUUAUUUACAACGUAAAUCUGUAGCAAUGAGUCAACAAUUGUCUAAUAGACAAAUAAUUAGAGGACCUCUUAGUCAAUUUAUUGAAGAUAUGACAGUGUCAGAAGCUCUUAUUGCAGGAAUUAUGGACUCUCCAGUAACUGAAAAAGAAUUUUUAACACAACUGCAAACAUUAAAUCAUAAAAUAAAUUUUGUAAAGGAACAAAGUUUUAAAGAAGCAAAAUCAUGUUUAGAUGUAAAAGAUAUAUUAGAGAAACUGAAAGUGAAAGCAUUAGCAAAAAUUAGAACAUAUCUUUUAGAACAAAUUUAUAAAUUUAGAAAACCAAUGACAAAUUAUCAAGUACCACAAAAUAACAUGUUAAAGUAUAAAUUUUUUUUUGAGUUUAUUUUGGCAAAUGAAAGAAAUGUAGCAGAAGAAAUUUGUGGAGAAUAUAUUAGCACAAUGAGUAAAAUAUAUUAUUCGUAUUUUAAGUCAUAUUCUUCAAGACUAAUGAAAUUACAGUUUGAAGAAGGAGCUACUAAAGAUGAUCUCAUGGGAGUUGAAGAUACUGCUGGGAGAAGUAUUUUUCAUAAAACCAUAUUAAAGCAUAGAGGUACGGUAUUUUCUAUAGGUAAUAGAGGAGAUGUAUUAACUUCUCAAUUGGAAGCACCCAUUAUAGUACCUCAUACUGCAUUUAAAAUAAGGUAUCAUUAUGAAGCCUUGUUCAGAAGUGAACAAUAUGCUCUUGUAGAUAAUGCUUGUAGAGAAUAUUUAUUUUUAACUGAAUUCUUCAAAGUACGUGGUGUACAGGCAAUGGAUAUUUUCAACCAGGUAAUGGGAAAAACAUUAAAUCUAAUGGUGAAAAAUUUACAAUCUUUUGUGGAAGAUUGCUAUGAUACUAUUGCUUUAUUCCUUUGCUUACAUUUAGUAAUGCGAUAUCGAUUGACUUGCCAUAAAAGAGCAGUACCUGCUUUAGAUAAAUAUUGGGAUAAUAUGACAUCAGUAAUCUGGCCUAGAUUUGAAUAUGUUUUUCAAUUGAAUAUUCAAAGUAUAAAACAUUGUGAUCCAUUAAAACUUACUCAAGAAACAGGACCACAUUAUAUUACAAGAAGAUAUGCGGAAUUUAGUGCUGCAAUGGUUAGUGUAGUUGAAGGAUUUCCUUGUGAAGGAGCUACACAAUUAUUAGCAGAAUUAAGAGAAGCUGUACAAUGUUUCCUAUUAAGAAUGGCUGCUACAUUUUCUAGUAGAAUUCAACAAUUAGUUUUCCUCAUCAAUAAUUAUGAUUUAGUUCUUGGUGUAUUAAUGGAAAGAACACGAGAUAAUUCAAAAGAAGCAGAAAGUUUUCGUGAUCAAUUAAAUGCACGAUCUUCAGAGUAUGUAGAAGAAAUUUUAAGUCCACAUUUUGGAGGUAUAAUACAGUUUGUCAAAGAAUCUGAAGUUAUGAUCGAGAAGGGUCAAACUGAUGAAUCAAAAAGACAAGAAGGAAAAGCAUUAGCUCUUGUGCAAUCUUUUACGAAUAAUUGGAAACGGGCAUUAGAAGAAAUUAAUCAUGAAGUAUUGAAAUCUUUUCCUAGUUUAGUGCUUGGUACAGCACUUGUACAACGUACAAUGACACAGCUAGUGCAAUAUUAUCAUAGGUUUCAUAAAAUUUUACCACCAAAUGCUCGAACACAAUUAACUAACUUUCAUCAUAUAAUGGUAGAAAUGAAAAAAUAUAAAGCAAACUAUUAAAAAAAAAAGAAUUUUAUUUCUAUUUAAAUUAUAUUAAAAAUAAAAUACAGAA